GAGGUGCGUCCGGUGUGCUGGCCGCGAGGAAGGGAGCUGCGGGAGAGGCGGUGAAUGAUGCUGAGCUGCCAGCUGGCGAACUGAAACAUGACUGAUACAGAUGAGUCACAGUCUUCUGACUCUGAUGACUCUGAUGCCCGAGAGCUGAUGUGCAGUCAGCAGAAAGAACCAUAUAAUGAGGUACAUGCACAUGAAAAAAAUACACGAGUGGAGUGUUCACUUUCAAGGCAGAAGAAUGGUGCUCCUGAGGAGUCUUCAGAUGAGCUUAACAGUACGUACAAAUCUUCAGAUGGGAUUUUACUGGACAGCAGUGAUUCAGAAAAUGAUGUCUCUGCUGCUAGUGGCAGUGAGUACCAUCCUAGGUGCUCCAUUGCACCUUCAAAGGAAAAGAGAUCUGAAUCUUCAGAGCAACAAGCUGAAUCUGUUGCAGGAGCAUGUGACAACCAAAGCUCUUCAGAUUCUUCUCUGUCCCCUCCAAGUCCAGUGAAAUCAUCUGAAACUUCCACCAAGAAAUCAAAAUUCAACUUGAAAGCCAUUUUUGCUUAUCACUUCAGGGGAAAGAAGUUUAAGGCUGCUGCACACCGAAAAUAUAAGUGUGGCUCAGGCAAGAAGAAGAGGAGAAAGUAUGUGAGCACACAGAUGCCUACGGGGAGGCCACCCCUGACAGCCUCACCUCAAGAGCGAAAGAGAAGGCUUCUACACAGAGGCUUUCAAUUCCCCUUCGUUGAAAAAUAUUAUGGGAAGAAACAUAUUCCCUUAAAGAUGGUUCUUGGCUAUGAGCAAGCAGCUGCAAAGGGGUAUUUCCAGUACAUUGAAAUGCUUAAAUACGAAGAACAUCUUAGAAAAGCUUUGAAAGCCCUUCAGGCCAGUGAAGACUUAGAAAGAGAAUGUCUGGUGGUACGGAAACACAAAUACUUAGAUGAUGAAGGCCCCAUUUCCCCUAUUCAGGAGACGAAUGAUGACGAUGACAGCUUGAAUUCUGAUAAUCCAGGAGACUUUGAUGCCAGAGUCGUGGAGAACAGCUCUUUCAUUAUAAGCAGCAAAAUUCCCAGUAAGAAAAAAUCCAAGCCGGAAAGGAAACAUGCGAAAUCAGUUGAAGUGAUCGAAAUAGAGGAAGAUGACUCUGCUUCUGAGAACUCCGUGAUUCUGCAAAGUUCCCCUCAGUGAACGGAAAACUAAGAAAUGAGAUGGCAGUGAUCUCUCCUCACAUUCCUUUCUCAUGGCCGACUUGACUUAAACCACUGAUCUGGAGGGAAUGUUGAGCUGUCAACCAAGCAACCUAGGCAGAUUUGGUUUAAGGCAUCUACCUGAGAAAUACUCUGUAUGGCUUGAGAGGCUCAUCCUGGACCUGGGAGUGGGGUUCUUGCCUGUUCAUGUUGCUUUUGGAAGAUGACAUACUGCUCAAAUUUCUUGGAUGUGGAAGCUUGAAUUCUUGACAGCUAUUUGCUGACCUUCUGAUGUACAAACCUGUUACUUGGAUGGACUUCAGUGUAAUGUGUUAGUGGAAGAGGGGCAUUUUUGUGAUGCCUGGAACACAGUGGAAAGCUUCUACUUAAGGGAAGUCCACACCAUGGUCCAGUCUGAACUAGCCUCUUGGUGAUAUGUAAUUAGAGAAAACGUGAGAAGAAGUUGAGGAUGCUGCUUCACAGAAAACUGAAGCCUCUUCUAGGUUAGUGCAAUAUCUGAGGUUCUGCAUAUUCCUUAAUGAUCAGAGGGCUCUGGUUUUCCAUGGCUGGAAGUCUGUAUCACAUGAAGCUUACUGACUUGUGGAGUGUUUCAGGGACUUAAUUCAACGCUAUUUUGGUGUAUUUUAGUGUAGUAUUCACUCUGUUAAGUGAAGAAUUUCUUUUAAGUUUGAUUUGUCCAAAAAACACUCAUACACAUUUCUAAAAAAGGAUGUGAUCAGCUUAACUAUUGAAACUGAUCGUUUUACUUCUACACGUUAUGCUUAGCAGGAAAGUUAUAGGGAGGAUUCUGUGUGAGUACAAUUUUGUGGUUAAUUCCCUUUGUUGUUUGCCCUUAGUUACCAUUAACUUCUAACAUUUAAACUGUUGCUAAUAUGAAGAUGUUACUUUGUAUUCCCCAAGUGUUAGUGUAUCAUUUACCUUCCUCCUCCACCCUGAUGUCUUGAAACCAGUUAAAAAGACACUUAGUAGGAACUAUGAGACCUUUCCAGCCUGCUUGAUUUGUAUGUACUUGUUCAUUUAUGCUAUUGGGAGUGCUGAGGUCUAUCCCGAUGGGAUCUCCUCUGUAGGUUCAUGUCGUUGGAAACGCCUCACAGAAUAAACUUGUGGUUUCGCUUUACCCAUUGAGCUACCUGUUAGCUCUGUGGGAUAAAACUGCAAGACAAACCUCGGCAGAAGCAGCAUCCUAGGAACUGUAAUAACACCUUAUGUUCUCCUGUAGGCACUGACUUACACUUUUGGUACAAAGGAAAGUGAUUCAAGUGGAAAAGCUUGGUGCUUUAAGAUACAGAACAAUGUGAAUUUUGCUGCGUUCUUAAAAGGAUGAGCUGUGGAAGAUGGUAACAACUUGUUUGCCGGUGUCUGCUGCCGGGUCACUGCCCAUCGGAGGGGUGAGACACCAUCCGGUGCCACCAAGGCGAGUCUGAAGGUCCUGGUGAUGUUGCUGUGAGGCUUCUGCAAAGAACUGCACAGCUCUUCCAAACAGAGAAGGGAUCUUAUCCAGAGUGUUUAAAUGUUCAUUCUAUGUUUCCUUGCUCCUUUGUAAAUUGAAAUAGCUCAUGUUGUUUGGAACCCACUUCAGAAGCAUGAGGUACCUUUGCCUGUUGUGAAUUCCCUGGUUUGCCCCUCUGGGAGAUGCAGCAGAGCUACCUCAGGUGAGGUCACUGGAAAAGGCCUUGUCAGCUCUUUUCCCUCACUUCUGUGUUACUCAACUGGACUGUACCAAAGUUCUGGAGAGGGGUUCAUUCUGUUCAGAAUGUCACAUCAUUUAAAUAAAACUGAUGUCUGAAAGCUGCA